UUAUUUUUGGAAGCCACGAAUUCGUUGGCUACUAUUUCUCUCAAAUUUUAUGGAGAUUUAUACAGUUUUUAAUAAUUUUUGAUUUUUUCAGUCAGCCGCUCGUGUUGUUCUCGAUAUAGUCAGAAAGGGAGAAGAAUCAGAACCUUAUACCGAUGAGUUGGUACAAGCAAUCAAGGCACUUUGGGCCGAUAAAAAUAUUAAAGAAAAAGUGCUUCCACGAGGUCAAGAAUUUCAAUUAUUUUCUCGACGCUAUCGACCGUACUUCAAACCCAGAUUAUAGGCCUACAGAACAAGACAUUCUUCUAAGCAGGAUCAAAACUACUGGAAUAAUCGAGGUUGCUUUCAAAAUGAAAGCUGUUGACUUUUUGGUAUUUGAUGUUGGUGGACAGCGAUCCGAAAGGAAAAAAUGGAUCCACUGCUUUGAGAAUGUAAAUUCCAUCAUCUUCAUUACAGCAAUUAGUGAAUUUGAUCAAGUUUUGUUUGAAGAUGAGGCUACGAACCGAAUGUUAGAAUCAAUGCGUCUCUUUGAAAGUAUUUGCAAUUCUAGAUGGUUCAUAAAUACUUCAAUGAUUGUUUUUCUCAACAAGACAGAUUUAUUUAUCGAAAAAAUUAAAAGGAAAACAAUUAAAGUUUGCUUCAAUGAUUAUAAAGGUAAUAACCAUUUUUGA